AUGCCGGACACAUCCCAGAGAGGCAUCCGGGAAUGAGCGGAGUCCAGCUGGCCCGCCGCGGCGGCUGGGAGGGCCGGGGGCCUGGAUGGGACCCAGGCCCCGGCAGGUGCCGCGCGGCGGGACCGGGAGCCCCAGCCCCUUCCUCACCCCCUCCCCGCUUCUGUUUUUCAGACUGUCAGCAUCAAUAAGGCCAUUAAUACGCAGGAAGUGGCUGUCAAGGAGAAACACGCCAGAACAUGCAUCCUGGGCACGCACCACGAGAAGGGGGCGCACACCUUCUGGUCCGUCGUGAACCGCCUCCCGCUCUCCGGCAAUGCUGUGCUCUGCUGGAAGUUCUGCCACGUCUUCCACAAGCUCCUCCGAGAYGGCCACUCCAACGUCCUAAAAGACUCGGUGAGGUACAAGAACGAGCUGAGUGACAUGAGCAGGAUGUGGGGUCACCUGAGCGAGGGCUACGGACAGCUGUGCAGCAUCUACCUCAAACUGCUGAGAACGAAGAUGGAGUUCCACACAAAAAAUCCCAGGUUCCCUGGCAACCUCCAGAUGUCCGACCGGCAGCUCGACGAGGCCGGCGAGAACGACGUCAAUAACUUUUUCCAGCUGACGGUGGAGAUGUUUGACUAUCUCGAGUGCGAGCUGAACCUCUUCCAGACGGUGUUCAACUCGCUGGACAUGUCGCGCUCCGUGUCGGUCACUGCUGCAGGCCAGUGCCGCCUGGCCCCGCUCAUCCAGGUCAUACUGGACUGCAGCCACCUCUACGACUACACUGUCAAGCUCCUUUUCAAACUCCACUCCUGUCUCCCAGCUGAUACGCUGCAGGGCCACAGGGACCGUUUCCUGGAGCAGUUCAGAAAGCUCAAGGACCUGUUCUAUCGCUCCAGCAACCUGCAGUACUUCAAGCGGCUCAUUCAGAUCCCGCAGCUUCCAGAGAACCCCCCCAACUUCCUGCGAGCCUCGGCUCUGUCGGAGCACAUCAGCCCCGUGGUGGUCAUCCCUGCCGAGGCGUCUUCCCCGGACAGCGAGCCCAUCCCUGACCUGGUGGAGAUGGACACGGCCGCCCAGAGUCUGUUUGACAACAAGUUUGAUGACAUCUUUGGCAGUUCUUUCAGUAACGAUCCUUUCAACUUCAACAGUCAAAACGGGAUGAACAAGGAUGACAAGGACCGGAUGAUCGAGCAGCUUUACAGGGAGAUCGCUGCGCUGAAGGAGGAACUGGAAAACUUCAAGGCCGAGAGCGAGCGGCGGGCGCUGCAGCUGCGCGGGCGCAUCAGCGAGCUGGAGGCCGAGCUGGCCGAGCAGCGGCACCUCAAGCAGCAGGCCCUGGACGAGAGCGAGUUCCUGCGCGCCGAGCUGGAGGAGCUCAAGAAGCGGCGGGAGGACACGGAGAAAGCCCAGCGGAGCCUCACGGAGAUCGAAAGGAAGGCGCAGGCCAAUGAGCAGCGUUACUCCAAGCUGAAGGAGAAGUACAGCGAGCUGGUGCAGAACCACGCGGACCUGCUGCGGAAGAAUGCGGAGGUCACCAAGCAGGUGACAGUGGCAAGACAGGCCCAAGGCGACGUGGAGCGGGAGAAGAAGGAGCUGGAGGACUCCUUCCAGAGGGUGAGCGAGCAGGCCCAGAGGAAGUCCCAGGAGCAGACCGAAGUCCUGGAAACAUUGCAGCGGGAGCUGGCAGCCAGCAAGCAGGAGCUGCAGGUCCUUCAGGGCACGCUGGAGUCCAGCACGCAGUUGGGAACAGAGCAGAGCACCAGGAUAGCRAGCCUGGAGCGGGAGAGGGACAGCCUGAGCCAGGCGGCGGAGCAGCACGGUGAGGAGACGGCAGCGCUGCGGGCCGAGCUUCAGCAGCUGCGGGACACACUCAGCACGGAGAAGGAGAGCAGCAGCAAAGCGCUGGAGACGCUGCAGAUGCAGCUGAAAGCCAAGGAGGACGUGGAACAGGCCCUCCASCUGCGUCUCAGCAGGGAUCAGUUUGCCCUACUGCAGGGCACCGCGCGGGAGGCAGAGCAGAUGGUGCAGGACUCCCUCAGCCGCCUUGAAGACCCUACUCACAUCAGCUGCACCAGCUCGGCAGAUUACCUCCUGUCCAGGACGCUGGCAGCCUCCGAGUGCGUGGAAAGGCUCCAGGAUGCCCACAGCAGAUACCUUUCUGACCGCACAGACAUGAGCAGCCUCCUGCCAUGCGUGGCCCUCUUCGCCCACCUCGUCAGCGACACCAUCCUGCAGGGCAGCGCUACCUCCCACAUGGCCCCCAUGGAGCCCGCUGACCGUCUGCUGGAGGCCUGCAGGCAGUGCGGGAGCGAGGCCAUCAGCUACCUGCACGCCCUGGGGGAGCCGACCGCGUUGGAGGGCGCCGACUGCACACCCGUGAGGAACUGCCUGAGCCACGUCCGCACCAUCGCGGAGGCGCUGCGGCCCAAGGGGCUGGAUGUCAAGCAGGAGGAGCUGGGCGAUCUGGUGGACAAGGAGAUGGCAGCUACUUCGGCAGCCAUCGAGACAGCAGCCGCCAGGAUUGAGGAGAUGCUGAGCAAAGCCCGGGCUGGUGACACUGGUGUCAAACUGGAAGUGAAUGAGAGGAUCCUGGGGUCCUGCACAGAUCUCAUGCAGGCCAUCCAAGUGCUGGUUCUGACCUCCAAGGACCUGCAGCGAGAGAUCGUGGAGAGCGGGCGGGGCGCAGCGUCCCCCAAGGAGUUUUAUGCCAAGAAUUCCCGCUGGACAGAGGGUCUCAUCUCAGCGUCCAAGGCCGUGGGUUGGGGAGCAACUGUCAUGGUYGAUGCUGCUGAUCUGGUGGUACAAGGGAAAGGGAAGUUUGAGGAGCUCAUGGUUUGUUCCCACGAGAUUGCAGCCAGCACAGCACAACUGGUGGCAGCCUCCAAGGUAAAGGCAGACAAAGACAGCACCAACCUGUCCAAGCUGCAGCAGGCCUCUCGGGGUGUCAACCAGGCCACAGCCGCCGUGGUGGCCUCCACCAAGUCAGGGAAGUCACAAAUCGAGGAGAAAGACACUAUGGACUUCUCCAGCAUGACACUAACCCAGAUCAAGCGUCAAGAAAUGGACUCUCAGGUGCGUGUGCUGGAGCUGGAGAAUCAGCUGCAGAAGGAGCGGCAGAAGCUGGGGGAGCUCCGCAAGAAGCACUACGAGCUGGCGGGAGUGGCGGAGGGCUGGGACGAGGACGGUAGGUGUCYGUGGGCACCGUGGGGAGCCUGCCCCGCGUGCCGCGCUGGGCACCCUGGCAUCAGCCGCACCAAGGGCUGCAUCCACCUUUCCCUGUCCAUCCUGCUCCUCCUGGGAGGCUGCUCAGGGAGGAAUGCAGAGUAG